GUGAAUAUAACUGAGUAUUCUCUCAAAUAUCAUCCUCUUCUUCUUUUCUUUCACAUAAGUAACAGAGGUAAUCAGACAUGCGGCACUGUAGUACGGGAAAGAGAUGGUAUCUAUAUGGAGCUCAAGUUUUUAUUACAUUUUUCGUGUUGUUUGCUCCUCAGGCACUAUGUUAUUAUCAAAUCAUUCCAUUAAGCUCAAGAAAUGAUGCUAGCACUGAGGAUCAUGGAACUCAAUCUAAUCCGGGUCACAACUCUCGUCAACCUCCAGUAGAUGGUAUCGAUGGUAUUGAUGUGGAUUAUACACCUCCACAUACGAGUCCUCCUCAGGAACCCCCAGUAGGUGGUAUCGAUGGUAUUGAUGUUGAUUAUACACCUCCACAUACAAGUCCUCCUCAGAAACCUCCAGUAGUGGAUGGUAUUAACGGUAUUGAUAUUGAUUAUACACCUCCACAUACGAGUCCUCCUCAGGAACCUCCAGUAGUGGAUGGUAUCAAUGGUUUUGAUAUUGAUUAUACACCUCCACAUACGAGCCCUCCACACAAACCUCCAGUAAGUGGUAUCAAUAGUAUUGAUGUUGAUUAUACUCCUCCACAUACGAGUCCUCCUCAGGAACCUCCAGUAGGGAAUGGUAUCAAGGGUAUUGAUAUUGAUUAUACACCUCCACAUACGAGUCCUCCACAUGAACCUCCAAUAAGUGACAUCGAUGGUUUUCACCAUUAGGCCACCGACACAGCAAAAUAAUUGUGUGGGUCUGUUUUGAGUAAUGUAACUUAAACAACUCUUGUGAUGAUGUAAUGAGUUAGAGUACCUUUGUACUCCUUAAUAAAAUUAUUUUGCUGAU